AUGGCCAUCGCCAUUCUCAUCAUCGUCAGCGUGAUCAUCACCAGAGCUGGCAUUCUCUUUGCCUUGGACUUUCAAAGUUCAUUCCGGAGAUCAUUCAACAACAGAAUUCCAUCACCUCAGCAAAAGUUGCAUCAGGAGUAUGCCGUAAGUGAUUACCUGAAGCGAAGUCACUGGAUCACCAAGGGUUUUGGUGGCCUCUACCCCAUCCAGUACACUAUCCUUAAGAUGCUAGAUUCGCCAAGUGCCAAGCAAUCAAUGCCAUAUUUUAUGUUGGCUCCAUGGGACUACCACGAUGACUGGAAAUUCUACUUCACCUAUAUGUCCCAAGCGAUUGCUCGCUAUACGGCCACCUUUGGUCACAUCAAUAUCGAUAUCAUGAUCUUCGCUGUCACUGUACAGGCCACCAUGCACUUCGAUCCCUUGUCCAGGGCUCUCAGGGAGUUUAAAGUGCGAGAAAGGGGAUCUGUAAAGAGGAUAUAA